AUGGUCGGCCAUACUAUUGCUAUCCAUAAUGGAAGGGAGCAUUUGCCUAUUUAUAUAACAGAUCGUAUGGUAGGACAUAAAUUGGGAGAAUUUGCGCCCACUCUAAAUUUCCGUGGACAUGCAAAAAAUGAUAAUAGAUCCCGUCGUUAA